GGGGAUCAUUAAGCCCACAAGAGGAGAGACAUCGGAAAGAGAAGCAUCAGACUAGACCAAGAGGCCGAGAAGGAGAAAAUGCCGGAUUUCGCAGGGACCUGGAAGAUGAAAAGCAGUGACAAUUUUGAGGAGUUGCUAAAAGCCCUGGGUGUGAACGCCAUGCUGAGGAAGGUGGCCGUGGCGGCCGCCUCCAAGCCCCACGUGGAGAUCAGACAGAACGGCGAGCAGUUCUACAUCAAGACCUCCACCACCGUCCGCACCACAGAGAUCAACUUCCACGUUGGCGAGGAAUUUCAUGAGGAGACGGUGGAUGGACGAAAGUGUAAGAGUCUGGCCACUUGGGAGACAGAAAACAAAAUGUUCUGCAAACAAACUCUACUGAGCGGCAGUGGGCCCAAAACAUUUUGGACCAGAGAACUCCGAAGAGAUGAACUUAUAUUGACCUUUGGAGCCGACGACGUGGUGUGCACAAGGAUCUAUGUUCGUGCUUAAGAGACAUUUUCAGCAACUCAUUCACAAAAUGAGUCAACAUUUCAGCACCUCAUAACCACCAAGUCUUGUAUUGUUUUUUUAUCGCCAUAAAACACUUGUGUCUUCUCUUCUAUCUUUCGUUAUUUAAUUUUUUUCCAAUUUGAAAGUGGUGAGAAUAGGGAAACAAGAAUAUGUAUUUGUUUCUAUGAAGGACAGUUUAAUAGAAAACAGCAGACUAACGCACAUGUACAUCAUAGUAGUCAACAAGUAGAGAAUUCCAACAUACUUCCACACUUAAAUUGCUUGAAUAAAAAAAUUUAACAAAUUGCAA